UUUGACAAGUAUAAUUUUGUGCAUGGAUAGAAGCAGUCUCUUACGCUAUUGAGGAAUUUGAUAAUAUUAUAUAUAAAUACAUCACAUAAUCUUCAAGUACUGAAAAAUCACCACUUAGGUCCGUUGCUAAAUACGUGGAAAUAUAGUUAACGUUGAAAAAAAUCAGAAAAACGCAAAACGGUUGAAAAUUAGACAUCGAUAUGACUACUGCGGCCAGGCCUACUUUUGAUCCCGCUCGAGGUGGAACAGGAAGAGGAGAAAAAGAUUUGAGUGCUAUAUCUCGUCAGUACUCCAGCAGAGAUCUUCCUGGUCAUACCAAGUUAAAAUACAGAGAACAAGGUCAAGGCACCACAGAUGAGCUACGUUCAAGAGACUUUCGUAAGGAGUUAGAUGACAGAGAGAAGGAUGUCAAAACAUCAAGCAGCCGAAGACAGAAUGAGCCUAUGACAAAGAGGCCAAAGAUAGACCAAGUACCUGCAGCCAGCUUGGAUGCUGAUGACCCUCUAGAAGGUGACUCUUCAGACUCGGAUGACUCAGAUGAUGACACUGCAGCCCUCCUAGCAGAGCUUAACAAAAUAAAAAAAGAAAGAGCAAUAGAACAAGCCAAAAAGGAUGCUGAAAAGAAACAAGAAGAAGAGAGGAUUCGUAUGGAAAACAUUUUGUCAGGCAACCCACUCUUAAAUUACGCGUCAUCCGGACAGAAAAAUGAUAUGAAGGUAAAGAGGAGAUGGGAUGAUGACGUUGUUUUCAAAAACUGUGCUCGAUCAGAACCUGAGAAGAAAACAAAUACUUUUAUUAAUGACUCAUUGAGGUCGGAGUUCCAUAAGAAAUUCAUGGAAAAAUAUGUGAAGUGAGAACUGACAAAACAUUGUAAUUUAAUAUUUUUGACACUCAUGAAAAUAAAUGAUUACCUUUCUGAAGACAUUAGAAAUGUAUUGCCAACUUAAAAUAAGAGUAUGAUAAUUAGUUUUUCAAUUAUUGGUUCAGUACAUCAUAAAUGUAAGCAAUUUCUUCAAGUAAUGAGAAAAUGUUAAAAUUAACCAUUUUAGAUAAAAAUAAGAAUUUAUAAGGUACAAUAGCACACUUAAGACGUCAUGUUGUGCUGUGUUACAUUAUGUGUGUCUUAAUAUUUGAUUUUCCACAAUGGGGAUGAUGACAGUGAUUAAAAAAACAAAAACCUUUUUGGUCUCUCAGUUAGAUUAUAAUUUAUUAAUAUUAGACACGUAUUUUUUCAAAGAUAAACAGCAUUUGCGUUUAGAAGAGGAGCUUGCGCCGUAACGAUUUCGUAAAAUUUAUACACAAUCGUGAUGUCACGCGCAAGUUCCAUUCACUGAAUUAUGAUCAAAUUAAGAAAAAAUACGGAUCCAUUAUUAUGCAUUAAACUGCCAGACGGAGACU